AUGGCUGAGCACUUUUUCAAAGAGACUCACAGUCGCGACUCACGAGGUCGGUACGAAGUCCGGCUUCUUGUGAGACCAAAACAUCCUAGGGUAGCUAACGAGACUAGAUCAAUGGCGCUUAAAUCUCUCUCUGGUAUGCAACGUCGACUGUCGCGAGACGCUCGAUUAGCUGAGGCGUACGGUAGCUUCAUGAGGGACUACGAACGACUGGGACAUAUGACUCGAGUUCCGGACUCAGAAAUACAGUGCGAGGAUGCGUGGUACCUUCCACAUCAUGCAGUGAUUCAGGCUUCGGGUGACAAAUGUAAACUUCGUGUUGUUUUCGACGCCACUCGGAAAACUCGAGCCGGGCACUGUCUGAAUGACUUUUUGUGGUCAGGACCCCCCCUCCAGGGCGAUAUUUCAUUGAUCCUCUUGAAUUGGCGAAAAUAUCGUUUUGCGUAUACCGCGGACAUGGUGAAAAUGUUCCGGCAAGUUCUGGUCAAGCGCAAAGACCAGGAUCUGCAGAGAAUUGUGUGGGCGCCGACCGCUGACGCCGGUCCUGUUGAUUACCGUUUGAAUACUGUCGCGUACGGGACGACUUGUGCUCCAUAUCUGGACAUCCGCACGCUUUUGCAGUUGGUUAUUGAUGAAGGGGUUAACUUUCCUCUCGGAGCAGUUGUGUAA